AACUUACCACCUCUUUAUCUCUCUCUAAAAUCCAUUUUUUCUCAGUUUCUCUCUCUCUUAAAUCAUGGAAGAAAAUCAAAAUCAAAAUCACGAUGAAAACGGUAAGUUAUCAGAAAUCGCUGAUAAGUUGGAUAAAACUCUAGAUUUGACCGUAGAGUCAUCCUCGUCCGAAGAUGAAGAUGAAGAUGAAGAAAAUGGAAACGAAGAUGAAGAAGAAGAAGAUGAUGAAAAUGAAGAAUUUGAGUUUUGUUUCGUAGGAGAUUUAAGUUCUCCUGUAUCAGCAGAAGAAGUGUUUAAAGACGGUCAGAUCCGAGCUGUUGCACCGUAUUCCGCUGAGAAUGCCGAAGAAGGAGAAUCAUCUCGCGGACCUCCAGUGAAAAAGUUAUUUGUGGUUUCAUCGCCGGAAAACGAUGACGUGGCAGAAGGACCGUACUGUACGUGGAAGUCACCUGUGCCUGAAAUGAGUCGGAAAAGUAAUUCUACGGGGUUUUCGAAGCUAUGGAGGGUUAAAGAGUUGUUAGCGAGGAGUAAUAGUGACGGAAAAGAUUCCUUUGUGUUUUUGACGGGUAAAAACGACGAAACAUCAUCUACUAAGAAGAAGAAGAAGAAGAAAGAGGUGAAAAUGGAGAAGAAGAGUGAAACGACGGCGUUUGGAGGAGAGAGUAAACAGAAGAAAAAGAAAAAAUCAGCAUAUGAAUUGUUGUAUGGAGGAAAGAAAGACAAAAAGAAAGUAGGUGGGAAAUCAUAUUUGCCAUAUAGGCAAGAUUUGGUGGGGUUUUUUACGAAUGGUAGUAGUGGUUUGAGUAGGAAUGUUCAUCCCUAUUAAUUUUAUUAUUUUUUUCAAUUCAAAUUAUGAAUAUUUUGUUGUGAAAGACGAAAAAAGAAAACAAAAAUGUGAGUUGUAUAAUUAUGAAUAAUGAAAUGACUUGCAUUUUUGUAAUUGUUGAUAUUAAAUUAAAUACUCUAGAUAGUUUUCUAGAUGGUGCGUCAAGGGAAUAAGAUUUGUCUGAAUGCUGACAAUUAAUUUGAUUUA